AUGAAUGUCGUGAGAAAGUUCAUAGACAUAGGUGCAAAUCUGACCGACCCAAUGUAUGGUGGCAAAUAUCAUGGUUCACAAAAACAUGCUAGUGAUCUUGAAGCAGUUCUUGAAAGAGCCUGGCAGAAUGGGCUUAGUAAAAUAAUUAUAACAGGUGGUAGUUUUUCAGAGAGCAAAGAAGCUCUUGAACUGUCAAGGAAAAGUGAAAAUUUAUACAGUACUGUUGGUUGUCAUCCAACACGUUGUAAUGAAUUUACAGAAUCUGGUGAACCAGAGAAUUACUUGCAGUCGCUUUCUAAACUGAUUGAAGAAAAUAAAGAUAAAGUUGUUGCAGUUGGCGAAUGUGGUCUUGAUUAUGAUAGGUUACACUUUUGCUCAAAGGAUGUGCAAAAAACAUAUUUUGAAGAACAAUUAAAAUUGGUUGGUAAAUUUAAGCUUCCUUUGUUUUUGCAUUGCCGAAAUGCUGCUCCUGAUUUAAUAGAAAUUUUAGAAAAGCAUAAAGAUAAUCUUUGUGGUGGAGUAAUUCAUUCUUUUGAUGGCACAAAAGAAGAGGCAGAUAAAUUUUUAGAUAUGGAGUAUUACAUUGGUCUCAAUGGUUGUUCUUUGAAAACUGAAGAUAAUCUUAAAGUUGUUGGCACACUUCCAUUAGAAAAAAUUCUUAUUGAAACUGAUUCUCCUUGGUGCGAAGUGCGACCUACUCAUGCUGGAUUUAAAUACGUCAAAACUUUCUUUCCUGCUGUGAAAAAGGAGAAGUGGCAAGCUGAUAAGCUGGUUAAAGCUCGCAAUGAGCCUUGUCAGAUAAUACAAGUUCUAGAAAUUAUAGCUGGUGUACGCAAUGAAGAUCCUAAUGUGAUAUGUGAACAAAUAUUUCAAAACACAGAUAAAUUGUUUUUUACAAAAGCUAAAUAA